ACAUCCGCGCGGUGCCACAGCUGCGCGCACACCGGCCGCUAUAUAACCUCCCUGCGACUAGCGACGUCCUCAUCCACUACACACGGUGAAAGUUACGUACCUUGAUCCUGCUCAACCUCCUCGUUGACUAAUAAAACAUCAUGAAGGCGUUCAUCGUUAUCGCUCUGCUGUGCCUGGGAGGUGCCCAGGCCGGUCUGCUGGACGAUCUGGCCGCCGCCACCACAGCCGCCCUGGACGGCAUCCUGACCACUGCCCAGACAGCUGCGCAAGAACUGUUGGACACCUACGUGCCCAUCCUCGGCCAGACCGCCCAGCAGCUGGUAGGAGAAGCGGUCUCCUCUCUAGGAGAUUCUCUGACCGGCCUGGUCAGCGGCAAGAGGAAGCGCCAGGAGUUCCAGACUGAGAUCGGACAGAUCAUCCACGACGGUAUCCAGGGUCUUCUCGAGCACACCACCACCGCCAUCCAGAACGUCCAGACCGCUCUGACCGGUACCAUCGACACGCUGUUCGGCACCACCACUACCGACCCCAUCGACGCUCUGGCCACCACUAAGCGCGCUCUGAAGAAGAACAGCCUGAAGGCCAAGAGCAAGAUCAGCAUGACCAGCAUGAAGAUGAAGACUGUGGUCGCCAAGAGGAUCUCUCGUGACUUCUUCUCCGACCUUGCCUCCGGUGUGUCCGCCAUCUUCCAGCCCGCCAUCGACCAGGCCGCUCUGGCUUUCAACCAGCUCGUCGAUGCCGCCACUGCUGUCGGUGCCCAGGUGGUCGAUCACGGAACCGCCCUGGUCAACAACCUCUCCUCCACCAUCUCCCAGACCCUCGACAGCCUCUCUGCCGUCACCCAGCCCUACAUUCAGGAUGCCCAGACCAUCAUUGACUCCGUCACCGGCUUCGUUAGCGGAGGCGACGCCACCACCGCCUAAACACGCGGCUCGCAGACAGGCACAUGUCCCUGCCGACUGAAUCACAUCUAACAAUCUGCUUAGCGGCAAUCUCUUUGGUGUUAUUUAUAGGUCAAGGACAUUUCUUUCACCGAAUUUAAAUUUCUUGCAACUGGAAAUAAAGAAAAUGCAAUGGUGA